AUGUGUGCUGCGCGCCGACGGAUCAACGUGAGUCCGUUGCACCUUGCCGCCGGAGCUAACUCCAGCCACGGCCCACACUGUCCCGAGGCUCACGCCCAGCCGGCGUGCGGUACAGUCGUCCUCGGCAGCUACAACAUGGGCAUGCACAUUGCGUCCAUCUUCAUCGUCCUCGUUACUUCAUUCUUCGGCAUCAUGCUCCCGACAGUGGCGGGGUGGUUCAAAGGUCCUUCCGUGGCCGACCUUGACUCCGCAUCGGUCGGACGAGAGUACGGUGUGUGGGGCUGCGUCUUCUUCUUUGCUCGCCACAUUGGCACAGGCAUCAUUAUCUCGACUGCUUUCAUUCACCUGCUCUACCACGGCUUCCUCAUGUUCUCCGACCCGUGCCUCGGCACAUUACACUUCCCUCCGACCGCACCUGCCAUCGCUUUAGCUGGCGCCUUCAUCACUUUCCUGUUCGACUUUGUCGCAGCCUGGCGCCAGGGUGUUCAGGAUGACCGGGACAAGGAGGCGAACGAGGCCUGCAACAUCUCCAUCGAGACGGCGCAGAGACGCAAGGCUGCCUGGCAGGUCAUCCUCCUCGAAGCGGGCAUCAUCUUCCAUUCGGUCAUGAUUGGUGUCACGCUCGGCGCCGACUCGUCCAGUGCCUGGACGACGCUGCUCCUUGUCAUCAUCUUCCACCAGCUCUUCGAAGGUGCCGCGCUUGGCGCUCGUAUUGCUUCUCUGCACUGGCAGACCAAGCUGCACACAAUUCUCCAGAUCCUGGCUUUCAUGCUGAUCACGCCCAUCGGUAUCGCGAUCGGUAUCGGUGUUCGCCAGUCCUUCUCCGCGAACGGUACGGCCGCUCUCGUGUCAAUCGGUAUCCUCGACUCGACCUCGGCCGGCAUCCUCGUGAGCACUGCCCCCGUUCGAUCCCUGACUCCAGCUCUACUCCUCCUUUAA